AUAAAUUGAGUAACAAAAUGACCAAAUCCGUACUUCCAAUGGCCACCAUUAAUGGCGAUACUCAGUCCUACUUGAUCUUUUUCUUCCUCUCCAUCAUCAUCUCGCGCUUUCUCCUCCGAAACUUCUUCAAAAUACCAAGCAAGAUUCCGUAUCUCCACCUUCCUCCAAGCCCGCCCGCUCUUCCAUUUAUCGGCCAUCUUCAUCUCCUUCGCCUAUCGGUAUGGAAAUCGUUACGCAAUCUCUCCACUAAUAAAUAUGGUUCCCUCCUUUAUCUCCGCCUCGGCUCUCGCCCCGUCCUCGUAGUCUCUUCCCCAGCGCACGUCGCUGAGAUAUACAAAACCAAUGAUAUUGCUUUCUCAGCAAAGCCGUAUUCGCCUUUCGAAGACAUGAUAUUGUUCGGAAACACGGGUUUUAUCGUUGCUCCUUACGGGGAUUACUGGAAAUUCAUGAAGAAACUUUGCAUGACAGAGCUGCUAGGGUCGCGACAGAUCGAAAGAUCCCGAGGGGUUCGCUGCGAAGAGAUUACGAGUUUUUUGAAAAACUUAUUAAAGAAAAGUGAGAGACAAGAAUGCGUCGAUAUGAUCGAAGAGUUAUCGAAGCUAAUGAAUAACGCUAUAUGCAGAAUGGUGAUGAGCAAUAGAUGUUCAGGGGAAGAUGAUGAAGCUCAAAGGGUGAGAAAAUUGGUUAUAGAGUCGUUUGAUUUGACCGUAAAAGCGGCUAUAGCUACUAUGGUUGGACCGUUGAAACGGUUAGUUUCUUGGUGGAAUAGAGAAAAACUAGAAGGUGUACUGAGAGAAUUUGAUAACUUGUUCGAGAAGAUAAUGAAGGAACAUGAAGAAGUUAGGGUUAAGAGAUCUGAUAAUGGUGAUGAGAAAGAGGAUAGGGAUUUAAUGGAUAUAUUAUUGAAUAUAUAUUAUGACAAAAAUACUGAGUGUAAGAUUAGCAGGAACCAAAUCAAGGCCUUCAUUCUGGAUCUCUUUAUUGCAGGGACUGAUACAUCAGCAAACACCAUGCAAUGGGUAAUGGCAGAGCUCAUCAAUAAUCCGCAUAUAUUCAAGAAACUAAGACACGAAAUAGACUCGAUUGUUGGAAGCAAUACACGAGUACAAGAAUCCGAUAUCUCAAAUCUCCAUUACCUUCAAGCCGUCGUCAAAGAAUCAAUGAGACUCCACCCAGCAGCGCCUGCAAUUCCCAGAGAAUGCAGGGAAGAUUGUCAGGUCUCAGGAUUUGAUAUACCGAAAGGAACUGCAGUAAUAAUCAACGCAUAUUCAAUAAUGCGCGAUCCAAAUUUAUGGGACAAUCCUGAAGAUUUUAUACCAGAGAGAUUUCUGAAUGAACAAAAUAAUCUAUCAGAAGCUAAAAUUCAGAAUUUUAAUUUUCUUCCAUUUGGUGGAGGAAGAAGAACUUGCCCUGGCUCAAACAUGGCUUUAAGUAUAAUCCACCUUACUAUAGCAACUUUGGUUCAGUGCUUUGAUUGGAAGAUUGUUGGAGAUAAAGUAAAGGUGAAUAUGGAAUCUAAACCAGGAUUUGCUCUUGGCAUGCUUCAUCCACUUAUGUGUAUUCCGGUUGUUCGUUUCGAUCCCUUUGUUGCAUUAGACUGAAUCGUCUAACCGAUGAUUUAUAGCUCUAUGGUUUGUGCGUUUGUUAACAUUCUGCUAAAAUCGUGAGGUUAAAUCCUUCUACAAAUCUCCCUCUUUAAAUGAUAAAAAAAAUUGAAUUGUCUAAUUAAUAACUUCUAGGGUUUCUUUUUCUAAGAUUUAUAUUAGUAUACUUU